AUGUCUAAUUUUUAUGAAUAAGCAGAAUUUUUAAAUGGCGGAAAGGUGGCUCACUAAUAAGAAACUAGGUUUUAGGACCAAGAUUAAUUGCCUCAUGAAACUGAGAAAACCUUAAAACAAUUAGAUUUAGAACUAGCCGUUGAUGAAGAAUACAAAGAGGCAUUUGAAAUAGCAAGGAGAUUAUUGAAAUUCUAUAAAAGCGAAAAUUCAAUAAAGAAUGGGUAGUAUUUUGCUGGAGCAGGUAAUGAAGUUAGAAUUAUAUCUAAGCUUUGUAUUUUGGGUUCAGAUGUAAAAAUGCCCCAUACUUGCUUAUAGAGAUUUCAGAAUUGAUAAAGAAGGAGUCAGCUACAAAAGUAGCAAAAUGUUACUUAAAACUAUUAAAAUUUGUAAAAUUAGAUGCUAAAGUCCCGUAAAUUGUUCAAUUAGCAAAAAGCUUAUAAUAUAUAGAUCCUUCUAUCUAUAUACCUAAGUUUGUAAGGCUAUUAGAGAUAAGGUAUUUCAAUCAAUAUACUUCUUAGCCGAGAUAAGCAUAAGCAAAUUGUUGAAACUGCUAUGAAGUUAAUUAAAAGAAUGAUGCUGGAUUGGAUGGCUUAUGGUAGAAGACCUUCAUCACUGUGUGGAGCUGCAUUGUUGAUAUCUGCUAGAUUUCAUGGGGAAAAUGUAUCCACUUCUUAGGUUUGUAAAACUGUUCAGGUUUGUGAUGAAACUAUAAGAAAAAGAUUAGCUGAGUUUAAUCAAACAGGAUUAUCCCAAUUGACAAGAGAGCAAUUUGAAUAAAUUGAGAAUAUUGAAACGGGAAUCCCAGGGCCUGUAAAUGAUCCUCCAUCGUAUAGAAGAAUAAAAUAAUAAGAAGAAGAAAUGAGAAAAGGGUUGACAGAAGAUGAGAUUAAAUAAUUGGAAGAAAGCACCUUAAAGAAAGCCUUAGAAAUGAUAGAACUACUAAAGGUCUAGCCUGAGGUUUUCAAAAUCGAACCUAAUUUAAAAUAAGAAGAUCCUGCUUCAUUUUGUGAACCAGUCAAGGAGUAGAAAGAUUGUGAAGUCUUAUCUUCCCUUAGUGAGUCAGACGAGUAAGAAUACAUAUUAAGUGAAUAAGAAAAAGCAUGUAAAUAAUUAGUUUGGUAAGCAAUGUACAAAGAAUACAUCUUUGAUAAAAUGAGAAGUGAUAAAAAGUAAGCUUAAUAAAAAGGAAAUAAAUAAUAAAACUAAAAAUCUAAAAAAUAAGCAAAUAUUAAAUAAACUUUUGCAACACCUCAAGAAUCAGUCACAGAUAAUUAUAAAAAUGAUGGAAUAAAUCCAUAAGCUGUAUAACAGCUAUUUUCAAAAGAGGAUGCUUUUUUUUCAUAGUUAAGUUGA